CAAACUGACUGCAGCUUCCUGGAUUCCACUAAAAAACAAACCGUGCAGUGAAGGAUUACAGAUCUGCAGUCAGAGAGACUUUGUUCAAUAUUUAACCUCCGAGAGAAGAAAACCUGCAGCAGAGAACCACUCGGGCUGUGCGGAGCUCCAGAGAAUGGCAUUGUUUUUACUCGGUGGACGUUUGAUUAAAUGCAGAUGUGACAUUAAGAGAAUCAUGACAGCGAUCCAGCCGUACUGCUCUUCAGUGGCCUCAGGCAGGCAGCAUGUUAAUGGAGUGGAUCUGUACUACGAGCAGACAGGUCGAGGGAAACACGCUGUGCUGUUGCUUCCUGGUGCUUUGGGGAGCAGUCGGACAGAUUUUGGACCUCAGAUGAAGUCUCUGAAUAAGGAACUCUUCACCUUAGUGGGCUGGGAUCCCCGGGGUUACGGACAAUCCCGCCCCCCAGACAGAGACUUCCCCCCUGACUUCUAUGAGAGGGAUGCAAAGGAUGGAGUGGAUCUGAUGAAGGCGCUGGGCUUCAGCAAGUUCUCUCUGCUGGGGUGGAGUGACGGAGGAAUCAGCGCUCUGAUUGCAGCAGCGAAGUACCCGGACCUGAUAAGCAAGAUGGUUGUAUGGGGAGCCAAUGCCUUUGUGUCCCAGCAGGACCUCACGCUUUACAAUGCCGUCCGUGAUGUCUCCAAGUGGAGUGUGAGGAUGAGGCAGCCCAUGGAGGAGGUGUAUGGAGUAGAAGGCUUUGCUAAAACCUGGGAGGCCUGGGGGGACGGGAUCUCACAGUUUGCAAAAAGACCUGAAGGGAGUAUCUGUCUGGAGCUUCUGCCCCUAAUCAGCUGUCCAACGCUCAUCAUCCACGGAGAGAAAGACCCCAUGGUGCCCAGCAUCCACCCACAGGUCCUCCUCAAACAAAUCAAGGGAUCACGAUUACACCUGAUGCCAGAGGGUAAACACAAUCUCCACCUGAGGUACGCCGAUGAAUUCAACAAACUGGUGGAAGACUUUAUAGAAGACUGAUUCGAUUUGAUCACUGUGAACUGUGAAAAAAACGAUCGAUCAUUUUGUGAAAGUGAAUCGGAGUGACUGCAAAUAUUGACACUAAGAGACUUAAUUUUGUCAUUGAUUAUUUCCUUUCUACUCAAUCAAUCA